CCUCCCCUGGCGGCGGCUGAGGUGGGGCGCCCCGUUUCGGCGAUGUGAGGCGGCUCCGCCAGCGCGGCUGCCUCCCAUCCCCCCGCCAGCCCGGGAGGAAAGGAGCGGGGCGGCCUGCCGCAGGCCUCGCCGGACGCGCAGUACGUCUCAAGAUGGCAGAAUUAUUUAUGGAAUGUGAAGAAGAGGAGCUAGAACCAUGGCAAAAGAGAGUGAAAGAAGUGGAGGAGGAUGAUGAUGAUGAUGAUGAGCCAAUCUUUGUUGGGGAAAUCUCAAGCUCGAAGCCAGCUAGUACAUCUAUGGAAGAAUGACCUCAGUUCUUCUCUGGCUUAUAUAUUGAACAGAGUCAACCUCAGCUCAUCACGAAGGGGGAUACAGAAUGGUGCACCCAGUAGAGGUACAGUUGCUACAUUCAAGCCUGACAGUCACCAUUAUGCGACACCUGCCUCCAGCCCCAGUGCCAUGCCUGUUUCAUCAGUCUUUCAGUCUGUAUCCAGACCUACAACUAGUUCUGUAGCAGUUCAGCCAUUGUCUAUACCAGUGAAUGUUUCAGGAACUUCACAAACACUGCAGAGACCAGUUGCUGGAUGUUUAUCAACACAACAGAUGCCUGGGUCAAGUUCUGGAAUAUCACAGCCUGUUAGCAGACCUGUAACCAUUCCAGUGACGACACAACCAGUAUCAAGAAAUAUCACGGUUCCAGUAGUGGCUCAACCUGUAUCCAGGCCAGUGACUACUGUAACAGCACAGCCUGUAAUACUCAAUCAGGAUUAUAUUAUGGAUUCUCCACCAGCUGCACCAGAUAAUACAUCUGGUAUACUGUUUGGUGUGAGACAGAACUCGGGAGUUCCACAGUACGAGACUGGGCCAGCAGUGAAUGUAACAGGUCUCAAUGAGAGUGUUUUUGUAUCUAAGCGUCCUGCUACUUCUGAUGGCAACAGUGUAACUCCAAAAAAGGCCAAGCCUAAUGAGGUUGGUGCUGGAAGCAAUUCAGCUGUUUCACCUACAGUUAACUCUCCAACAGUAAGACCAUCACAAAAUGUAUCUUCAAAAGGUACAAAUGCUGCAUCAAGCACCAUUAAAAAUGGAGGACCUUUUCCACGAGCUUGUCCAAAGUGCAAUAUUCAUUUCAAUCUUAUGGAUCCUCUAAAAAAUCAUAUGAAGUAUUGUUGUCCAGAUAUGGUAAAUAACUUUUUUCUGGGAAUGGCGAAAACAGAAUGUGUGAGCACAACAAGCAAGACUGCUGAAUCUGAGAAAGGAAAAUUGAUUAUGUUAGUUAAUGACUUUUAUUAUGGGAAACAUGAAGGUGACACCCAGCAGAUACAAAAGGAGCAGAAGACACAUACGACAUUUAAGUGCUUCAGUUGUCUGAAAGUUCUUAAAAAUAACAUAAGGUUUAUGAACCACAUGAAGCAUCACUUAGAGCUUGAGAAGCAGAGCAGUGAAAGUUGGGAAAGCCAUACCACCUGCCAGCACUGUUACCGUCAGUUUCCCACCCCAUUCCAGCUGCAGUGCCACAUUGAAAGUACACACACGCCUUAUGAGUCAUCUACCAUUUGUAAAAUCUGUGAAUUAUCCUUUGAAACAGAGCAAGUUCUUUUGCAACAUAUGAAGGACAAUCAUAAGCCAGGUGAAAUGCCGUAUGUUUGCCAGGUAUGCAACUACAGAUCCUCAGCUUUUUCAGAUGUAGAAACACAUUUUAGAACAGUUCAUGAAAAUACAAAACAUUUGCUAUGCCCAUUUUGUCUCAAAGUAAUUAAAAUCGGAGCACCGUAUAUGCAUCAUUACAUGAGGCAUCAGAAAAAAGGAAUAUACCGUUGCACUAAGUGCAGACUGCAAUUUUUGACAUGCAAAGAAAAAAUGGAUCACAAGACUCAGCAUCACCGAACAUUUAGGAAACCCAAACAGUUAGAAGGAUUGCCUCCUGGAACAAAGGUGACUAUUCGAGCAUCUGUUGGAUCUCUUCAAUCAGGAUCAUCAGCUACAUCUUCUGUUAGUACAAGCAGUUCCACAUUUCAGUUAUCACCUAAAGCUAAAAAUACAACCACUAAAAAUCAUAACAAAUCUAAUACAAAUAAGUCAAAAGCAAAAUCAAAACCAACUACAUCAAAGAAGCAAAAUGCAUGGACCAACAGCAAAAAAAAAAAAGAAGUUACAAAUACGGCAUUGCAUAAUUUAAGGUAUCGUCUGGGAGCUCACAAAUGCAUUGAGUGUUACUCGGAAAUAAAAGAUUUUGCAAGCCAUUUUCCUGCUUAUGUCCACUGUAGCUUAUGCAGAUACAACACUAGCUGUAGCAAAGCCUAUGUGAAUCACAUGAUGAGUUUUCACAGUGCUCGUCCAAGUAAAAGAUUUUGGAUCUAUAAGAAGCAUUCAGAAGAGCUACGAGGUGUGACUGUAGUGUGUCUUAACUGUGAUUUCCUGACUGAUGUUUCUGGCUUAGAUAGCAUGGCCGCACAUCUGAGUGAAAGCCACACUCAUACUUGUCAAGUUAUUAUAGAGAAAGUUUCUGUAGAUAUCCCAACUGCUGAACAAGUAUCUGAGUUAAAGACCGAAAUCUCCAUUAGAGAGAGAGAAGCUAAGUUGGAGAAAAUUUCAAGACCUAGUUUAUCUGAAGGAAAAACAGAAACACCAACUUUUGAAAGCAAACAAGAGCAUGACUCUUCAGAUGAAACAAAAGAAUGCAAUAGAAAUCAAAGUAAAAAAGUUGCAUCGGUUGAAAAGAAUGAAGAAAACUCAUCACUGUCAAAUGCAGAAAAUGUUCCUAGUUUGGAACUCCUUGACAACAGCUCAAAGAAUUCUUUGCAUGAGAAAGGAGCAUGUUGUGAUUCAGAUAAUAACAAACAAUUAGUAGAUGAGAAACAAAAAUCUAUUCAUGAUGAAAGUGAGUUGAAAAAUUGCCAAAGUUCAGGUAACGUUAUCUUGAGUGAGCAGACUAAAGUACGUAGCUUGGAUGAAACUACACUUUCAGCAAUGAACGCAAGGGACUUAAAACUAACAUUGGGUCAAGAUGUUAGUUUUGAGCAGUUCUUGAGAAAAAGAGAUGAACCUGAAUCCAUUAGUUCAGACAUUAGUGAACAAGGCAGUAUUCAUUUGGAGCCUUUGACUCCAUCAGAGGUACUAGAGCAUGAAGCUACUGAAAUUCUUCAAAAAGGUAAUGUUGCACCUUCAUCAAAGAAAGCUGGACAACUCUCUGAACAAACAGAUGAGGCUUCUAAAGAAAGCAGUCCCAACAGAAUGGAAACAACUGUAAACAAGACAGAUGAAAAUGAAGCAAGCUGAAAUUUUUUUAAUUUUAUUGUUUGUUAUAAACAAUGGUAAGAACACCAUGGACCAUUCCUGAUGAGUGUGCUCACUGAUGCUAAUUAUUAAAAAUAAAAAGGGGAGGGGAGUGGGAAGGAGAGAAAGAGACUCUAAAGGGAAGUUUUCCAUAUGAAGAUAGCAUGUAUGUGUAUGUACAAAUGAAUUAACUAAAUUUACAAAAGGUAACAUGUUCAAAUAUAUCUUCCUGUCUCUUGGAUGUGAUAUAUCUUAUUAGAUUGACAUUUGAAAGGACGAGUAAAUUCUAAUUUUUAUAGUUAACUAGCCCAUGAUAAGGUGAUUUGUUUGCCAAGAAAAUAUUUUUUUAAAUCCUUCAGUGUGAAUAUCACUAAACAGUGGAAUUCAGUAUGAAUUCACUUCUGAUGCUGAAAUGGAGCACACUUGUAAUGAUGGUUAUUGGUCUGCUGAUAAUUUGGGUAAACAUAAACCUUUGGACUUGGUGUCACAUUCCUGUCUGUAAAAGCAUGUAAACAGAAUUAUAUGAAUCUAUGCACCUCUGUACAGGUGUAAUCCUGCCAGGCUGUAAGCUUACCUUAAUAAACUUUCAGUGAAAGUGGAAUUAUUACAAUAAAAAUAUAUAUUUGUGGGGGUUUCAGUGUGCAGGCUGUGCAGAAAUACCGAACAUAAUUGUAUAAAGUAGAACGUACUGCUGAAAGUACUGUAGCUGUUAGGCUUUUACCAUUGUUUUAAUUAUUCUUAGCCAUAGACCCGUAGGAAUGGUCUGUAAGUCACACCAAAGUACGGUUUAAUGUAAAAACUGUUUUAAGCAAAAGGAAGGAAAACCCCAAACUGGAAACACCAAUAGGCAUGUAUUCUGCCAUUUUGCAGCUGCUACUGGCUAACUGUUACAAGAAGGACACAAGGGCAUAUAAAGUAGAAUUGUACAGUUCAAUUUCAGGACUUUUUGUACAAAGUCUAAAUUGUGUACAGGAAGAUGGCUGCUCAUUUUGGUUUUGUUUUUUUGUUUUUUUGUCUUCUAGUUAGCAGCUAGCUGUAGGAAUGCAUAUAUUAACGGUAGCUUGCUUUUAUGACUUCAUUGCUCCAUUUGAAACAUUCAGAAUGUGCUUUUGACUUCAGUUUUGUUUCUAAUGAAUGUUAAAUGUUUUGAACAGCUGUUAAAGCACUGCUGUAAAUUAUUACUUUUUGAGUAAAUAUUUGCAACAAAAUUUUGUCUUUGUGCAUAAUUUUAUGCUCAGCUUGAAACUUUGGGCAUAGUCUUCCCACAUUUUUUUUAAAGAUUUAGUGACAGUUCCCAAAAACUACUUCAUUUUAAAAUUGUGAAUUUGAGACUUAUGUGGGUUUUUUUGUUUGGUUGUGGUUUGUUGCGGGGGGGGGGGGGGGGGGUUGUUUUUUAGAAUUAAAUGAGCAAGUGCCUCUGCAUAAACGUAUUUUUGUAGCUGUGUAUUGUGGUAAGAUGUGCUAACUUUUCCAGAUUACAUAGAGAUAUUUUUCUGGGCCAUUAGCAUGCAACUGAAGUCUACUCUGUCCUCCUAGGUUAACUGGGCUCAGCUGCUAAAUGAGUCUAAUCAGCAACAGUAUUAAAAUUUAGAGACCAUCCAGCUUAUUGUUGGAGCCUCUAAAUAAACAACAUCAAUCUCAACAUCUCAAAAGUUUCUUCAAACUCUAAAGAGUUAUAUGACUUAAAUUUUGAAUUGCAUCUUAAUUUUCAUCCAUGCAGGUUUAGAAGACUUUUAAAAAGAAAAGUGGAACGGUUUACGUAGUCACAGCUCCUCAAGAUCUGCCACUUUAAGAACUUCAAAUAACAAGACACACGAAAAAGCUGAGAGCAAUAAGUUGCAGUAUUCUUUUGUUUUUUAAAGAUUUUAGUGAAAUCGUUAACUCGAGGCAUGAUUAACCACUCUGAUGUCUUCAUACAUAUACACGUGGAAGAUUGUAAAAUACAGCAUCACAAUGAGGACAGUUUAAAGGACUUAAUCAGCUAUGGAACUUGAUGUGUAUGCUACUGAAGGAGUUCCUGAAUGUAUCUGUGUUUAAACCCAGAGAAAUCUCUAUAGUAUUUUUAAUCUGAUUGAUGAUCUUCCAUGUAAAUAAUAUAUUUUGAAUAACACUCUGAUAUGUGGUGUUGGAAAAGAUUAAGUUCAGCUGGAACCAGUUGUAUGAUACUUGCUUGUAAAUUCCUCACAUUUGUCUUUUAUUAUGCAAUUAAAUUUUUAAAACAUUUACCAUUUUAAUAAUAAGAAUUUGGAAGAAUUUGGCCACGCACUGUUGAGAAAUGUUGGAAAAUAAAACUCGGAUUGGAAAAUCUGCAUAUUUGGCAGAAGUAUGUAUAUAUUCUCAGAUACUUAAUAUGUAAAGCAUUGUUUGUUUCAAACCAUGUAAAGAGCGCUUAUACAAAAGGUAAUAUUAGGUAUAAAACACCCAAAUAUCUAGUAAUCCUUUCAAAGGAAGAGGUGAGAGAGAACUGGAUUGUUCUAGCAAGACCCAUCAGAUAGGUUUAAAUAGGCAAGUAAGGUAUAUCAUGAAAACAGUGGCAUGGUAUUUUUGUGAAGGAGAAAAACUAAAAUUCACUACAGUUUUUCCUAUAUGAAGUUAUUCAUUUGCUGACUAAACACUGUAGGAGACUGCAUAAUUGUGAAGAUUAAUCUCUGUCAUGUUAUUUGGGAGGUUUCCUAGAGAUAAGUUAAACUGGUACUUUUGGCUGAAGUCAAUCCAGAAGAUCAAGUUACAUUGAAUGUACUUUAAGUUAUUUGAACGCAACUGCAUAUAAUUCAGUUUUUUGUUUGAGUCAUUUAAAAGUUUUUUUUUUUCCCCAUCCAGUCAUUAGUAGUUCUUAUUCUGUGCCACCUCUCUUUUUGUACUUGGGAAGACAUUUUACCUCAAGUUUUCAUUGUCUUACCAGAAAACAGUAACUUAAAGUUAAUUCUUGGUAUCCAUACUAGAAUCACAAUUUCCUCUGAUCUCAAGAGGUUUACCAUAUUUGCUUGAAUAACCAUUGCAGGUUGUUUAGAUAACAUUAAUUUUUAAGGAAAUCGUAUGCCUUGUGUAUGCUAUCUUAAUUAUUUGCAUUUAAUGGAAAACUGUUGUCAUUAUUAGCUUAUGGUCAGUGAGUGUUCAGUGACUUGGAGCUUCAAGUGCAGCCAACAUCUCAGUUUGCCUUGUGCAGUUUGGAAAAGAAACUUCAGCUUACCUGCGGUUCAGUUUUUCUUUAACAGAAUGGAUGAGUAAACCCAGGG